AUUAACAUAAAUACGAUACUAACUCCUAAGUCAACCCCUAGUCUAAAUCAAAAUUCUCAAAAGUCAAAAAGUUGGUUCUUUCCUUGCAUUGCGCCACGUGUUCUCUCUCCAAAAGCUUUAUUCAUUUAUUAUCAUUAAUUAAUAUUUACAUAAAUUGAAAGAAAGGCAACGGAAGCAUUACUCAUCCUUCCUUUGAAACUAGCUCUGUUACCUGAGAAGUAAGCCACGAGAAGCCAAAAAUGGGAUAUUGCGGUGCGACGGCGGCGGCCAGUUCCGGCGGCGAUGGCGACGGCGAGCAACACCGCCGCCACUGCAUCGUAGAGCUCCACGGCGGCGCCGAUACGAUCCUCAACGGAUCACCGGUGCAAAAUCCACAACAUGCAAAGUACUCCCACAACAACUCCCUCACCGCCGCCGAGAUGGAGUCUCUCGCCGCUCUCUGCGACACAUUCUUGCCCUCCGUCGCUGCCGCCACUUCCGGUCACUCCAAUUUCGAAAGCUCCGCCGCCACUGCCACUGCCGCCUUCUUCCAGACUUCCGCCUCCGCCGCCGGAACUCCCGAGCGGGUGGGAGGGAUGAUAAGUGAGAGAGUGAGACAUCCAAAGAAAUGGAUGGUGAGAUUGAGCCUAUGGAUGUUGUCAACAUGGUAUGGGACAUACAUUCUAUGUGGGAAUGCAAGCCUUUCAAACCACUUCCCAUACUUCCAAACAUUUUCAAAGCUUUCUCACAACAAGAGAGAAAAGAUAGCUCUCUCGUGGUCCCUAAGUUUUUUUCUUCUCCACAGAAUGUUCUUCAGAACCAUCAAGAUCCUCUCUCUCCUUGCUUUCUUCUCUCAGGUUGAUGAGAAGAUGAACAACAUAUCAUGGAAAGCAAUCGACUACCCCGGACCCGACCCCCAAUUUAAACUCGAAACCAGGCAGUCAGAAGCAUCAAACCUGAAUGAAAAUGGCAGAUCAAGAGAAGAAGAGCUUUACGGACCUCUUUUCAGAGGCAUUGUCAAUAUCGAUCAACGACGAGGAGUCGCUGCCGAAGCACUUCGAAAGUUUGGAUUCCCAGUUGCUUUUCUUCCCCCGAGGACCAAAACCGCCAGCCCUUCAAUGAUGAUCAAGUGCGACGCAGUGGUGGUCGGGUCUGGCUCGGGCGGGGGAGUGGUGGCUGGGGUGCUAGCCAAUGCAGGGUACAAAGUGCUUGUAUUAGAGAAAGGAAGCUAUUGUGCCAGAACAAAUCUCUCUCUCCUUGAAGGACAAGCAAUGGAAGAAAUGUACCUUUCAAGUGGCUUACUGGCAACUGAUAACAUGAAUGUGCUUGUACUUGCAGGCUCUACUGUUGGUGGAGGCUCCACAGUCAAUUGGUCAGCUUCAUUUCAAACACCAACCCAUGUGACGAGAGAAUGGUCAGAUGUUUAUGAAUUGGACCUCUUUAGCAGCAAUUUGUACAAAGAAGCAAUGGAAGUUGUCUGCAAGAAAAUGGGAGUUCAGUCAGAAAUUGAGAGUGAAGGUUUUAACAAUGCAGUUUUAAGAAAAGGGUGCGAGGAAUUGGGUUACCAUGCUAUCAAUAUUCCUAGAAACUCACCUGCUGAUCAUUACUGUGGCUGGUGCUGUCUGGGCUGCAAAAAUGGGAGAAAGAAGGGCACGGCAGAGACAUGGCUGGUCGACUUGGUGAGGUCAGGAAAUGGCGCUAUACUUCCGGGCUGCGAAGCUGUUCGAAUCAUGUGGGAGAAGAAAGACGGGAGCGAACGCAAAAGAGCAAAAGGCAUCACCUUUGAAUUUGGGUGUCAAUCCGGAGCAAAGCAGAUGUGCUUGGUUGAGUCCAAGGUGACUAUAGUAGCAUGUGGAGCUCUCAGUACUCCUCCAUUGUUGAAAAGAAGUGGCUUGAGAAACCCAAAUAUUGGCAAACACUUGCAUCUUCAUCCAGUAACUAUGGCGUGGGGUCACUUCCCUGCAGAAACUGAUAAUGAUAAAGCAUGGCCAGAGGAAGGCAAGAAAAGCUACGAAGGUGGGAUAAUGACAGCAAUGUGUAACAUAGGGACAGAAGCUGAUAACGAACCUGGUUAUGGAGGAGCUGUGAUUCAAACGCCAGCAUUACACCCAGGACUCUUCUCAAUCUUAAUGCCAUGGGUCUCAGGGACAAAUUUCAAACACCGUAUGUGCAAGUUUUCGAGGACAGCCCAUGUAUUCGCAUUGGCAAGAGAUAAAGGGUCAGGAACAGUCAGAUCUUCAAGCUCAAUCAGCUACAAAAUGGAUGGUGCGGAUGAGGAGAAUCUACAGAAAGGAGUGGAGAAGGCGUUGAGGAUUUUGGCCGCGGCUGGGGCAGAGGAAAUAGGAACCCACCAUAAUAAGGGAAGGAGCAUAAAGGUAAAGAAAGUGAGUUACCGUGAGUAUGAGAAGUUUGUGAAAGAGGAGAGUUCGAGGCCAUUGAAUGACUUGGCGACGCCAAUCUGUUCGGCGCACCAGAUGGGGAGUUGCAGAAUGGGAAUUGGGCCGAAGGAUUCUGUGGUGAAUCAGAGAGGAGAGACAUGGGAAAUGGAGGGGCUCUUCAUUGCUGAUUCCAGCGUUUUUCCAACUGCUUUGGGAGUGAAUCCAAUGGUUACUGUUCAGGCUAUUGCUUACUGCACUGCACAAUCUGUCCUUGAUACUCUCAAGAGGAAGAGGAAUUGAUGUAAAAAUCUGUGCAUAACAUAACAUGUUAUUCGUAUGUAUGAACUGUGGUGAAGGAAAUGUUUGAUGCUCAUUUCUUGAGUAAUAUUUAUGGUUAAAUAAUAUAAGGAAUAGUGUACUUCACAGAAUAUUAGACAGAAAUGAAACCGUUUAUUCAGA